AUGGGACGAUGGCACCGGAUUCAGCCAGACCGGCAAGAAGAUGACACGAAGUUGCUCGGCAGUGGGCUGCAGCACCCGGGACACCAGGCAGAGCCGCAAGCGCGGCUACUCUUUCCACCAGUUCUCCAAGGUGUUCACCUUAAAGGUAAAGCAAGACUUAAAGUCCUAAAAGAUCCACCUCCUGAGAAUUCUGAAGAGCUCGCUACUGAGGACCAUAACUACAGUUUAAAGAGACCUUUAACAGCAACUGCAGAGAACCUGGCUGAGGUGGAAGAGAUGCUGCCAAUGUCUCAACAAAGACUUGUGGCUCUCAGAAACAAUAGGAUGAUCAAGAAGAGAGAGGGCAUACAGUUAAUUGAUGCCCUGGUGGAAGAGAAACUACUUUCUGAAGAAACAGAGUGUCUACUACGAGCACAAUUUUCAGAUUUUAAGUGGGAAUUGUAUGACUGGACAGAAACAUCUGAGUACUCUAUAGAAAUGAAGCAAUUUGCAUGUACACUCUACUUGUGCAGUAGCAAAGUCUAUGAUUAUGUAAGAAAGAUGCUUCACCUGCCUCAUUCUUCCAUCCUGAGAACAUGGUUAUCCAAAUGCAAACCCAGUCCAGGUUUCAACAGCAACAUUUUUUCUUUUCUUCAACAAAGAGUAGAGAAUGGAGACCAGCUAUAUCAGUAUUGUUCACUGAUAAUAAAAUGUAUACCUCUCAAGCAACAGCUUCAGUGGGACCCCAGCAGUCACCAUUUGCAAGGGUUUAUGGACUUCGGUCUUGGCAAACUUGACGCUGAUGAAAUGCCACUCGCCUCAGAAACUAUUUUGUUAAUGGCAGUAGGUAUUUCUGGUCAUUGGAAAAUACCUCUUGGUUAUUUUUUUGUAAAUAGGGUGUCUGGAUAUUUGCAAGCUCAGCUGCUUCGUCUGACUAUUGGCAAACUAAGUGACAUAGGGAUCAAAGUUGUGGCUAUUACGUCUGAUGCUACAGCUCAAAGUGUUCAGAUGGCAAAAGCACUGGGGAUACAAAUGGAUGGAGACGACAUGAAGUGUACAUUUCAGCAUCCUUCAUCUUCUGGUCAACAGAUUGCCUACUUCUUUGAUUCUUGCCACUUGCUUAGAUUAAUAAAAAAUGCAUUUCAGAGUUUUCAAAGCAUUCGGUUUAUUAAUGGCACAGCACAAUGGCAGCACCUUGUGGAGUUAGUAGCACUAGAGGAACAGAAGUUAUCAAACAUGAAAAAAAUCCCAAGAAAACUUGCAAAUUUGAAAAACCACGUACUGAAAAUGAAUUGUGCUGCCCAACUCUUCAGUGAAGGCGCGGCCAGCGCGUUAGAAUGCUUGCUGUCACUAGGCCUGCCUCCUUUUCAAAACUGUACUGGCACCAUCUACUUUAUACGCUUAAUUAACAAUCUCUUUGACAUUUUUAAUAGUAGGAACUAUUAUGGAAAGGGACAUAAAGGACCUCUAAUGCCAGAAACUUUUAGUAAAAUUGAUCAUGUGUUAAUUGAAGCCAAGACUAUUUUUGUUACAUUAUCUGACACUAGCAACAAUCAAAUAAUUAAAGGUAAGCGAAAACUAGGAUUCCUGGGAUUUUUACUCAAUGCUGAGAGCUUAAAAUGGCUCUACCAAAACUAUGUUUUUCCAAAGGCCAUGCCUUUUCCAUAUCUUUUGACUUACAAAUUCAGUCAAGACCAUCUGGAAUUAUUUUUAAAGAUGCUUAGACAGUUAACAGCCACCACUUCUAACCCCACCUGCAUGGCAUUCCAGAAAGCUUACCAUAAUUUGGAGACCACAUAUAGAGUACACGGUGAAGUUUUUCUAAGUGAACCAAGCAUCCUUGACAUUUCAGUUGCUCGAAGGACAGACUUGGCCCUUUGGACAGUUCGACGUCAGUAUGGUGUCAGCAUUAUAAAGACUCUUUUUCACAAGGAGGAUAUUUGCCAAGACUGGUCUAACUGUUUGCUAAGUGAGGCAUUACUAGACCCGUCAGAUCAUAGGCGAAAUCUCACCUGUUGUGCUGGCUAUAUUGCAGAUAAGUUAUCAGCUCUUUUAACUUGUGAGGACUGCAUCAGUGCACUGUAUGCAUCAGAUCUCAAAGCCUCUAAAAUUGGAUCACUGUUAUGUGUUAAAAAGAAGAAUGGUUUGCAUAUCCCUUCAGAAAGUUUAUGUCGAGUCAUAAAUAUUUGUGAGCGAGUUGUAAGAACCCAUUCAAGAAUGACAGUUAAUGAACGACUUCCUAAAUGGAGGGAAUUUUAUCUUCAACAGAAAAUAUUAUGUGAGCUUUGUGGGCAUACUUAUCUUUUUGUCGAGUUAGAUGAGCAUCUCCUUGAUGGAGAAGUGUAUGCCAUCAAUCACUUUGUAAAGUUACUAAAGGAUAUAAUAACCUGUUUCUUCAAGUUCAGAGCUAAAGAUGUAGCUCAGUUUCCUUUAAAAUACCAUUCAGAAAGAAUUAAAAUGAAAACUUUGUCAAGGAAACACUGGCCAUCUUUACAGGACUACAGACAUUGGUUUGCUAACACCAAUAAAUUCAGGCAUCUGCUAAGUAAUGACGGAUAUCCAUUCAAAUGAGGGACCUAAAAUAUUAAAACUUAUUUUAAGAAUAAUUGGUCAACAUUUAUUUUAAAGUCAACUUAACCAUAUUUUAUAAAUUGACCGUUCUGCACAGUGGACAGGUCAGCAGUUCUGACUCAUUAGAAUUUGUCAUUUGCAUACCCUACAGUCUGCUGGAACUUUAGUAUGGCUUGCAGCAUUUCAGUUAACCAAGCAGACUAGCUCAGAGUUGCUGUCUUUGAAUUUACUAAGACUGAAUAAUGUGACUAGACAUACUUUUAACUUGUUCAAUCUACUUUAAAAAUAAGAGAACAAAAACAAGGAGUCACCAAAAAAUUGACUCAUAUUACAAACAGACUAUAUUCCCUAAAAGAGCUCUUUGGUUUAUAGCUCUUAAGAAUGUGGACAGCAUGCCUAUAAAACCUUGAAUAUAAUUUUUACUUGCACAUGGAAGUUAAGAUGUGGCUUAAGAAUUAAAGCUAAAUUAACAUAUCAAAUACCACAAAAAUCCCUUUGCUCACAGUACCCUAAAAUAGAAAUACUAUGCUUUAUCAAGCAGAAGGUAAACACAUGAGCCAUGAAAUGGUUCCUUGUGCUGCAUCCAAGCUGGGUUGGAAUGUAGUCCGGGAAGUACACAGGUGUACACAGGUGAUGUAAUUUUCACAAUCCAUUGUCUCUAGACUUUGAAAUACUACUUUUGAACAAUAGAAUGCACACUUACUUGACUGCUAUUUGAAGAGCCCAGCGCUCAUCUAUGAAUGAGAAGAAGCCUUUCUUUCAACUUCUGCUUCUUCUGAGAUCUACUUGUGUUUGCAGACAGGCUAAAAUAAGGAAACAUAUUUCAUAUGUUGGAUGAAUAAUCGAAUUUCACAGCAUGUGAGUAAAAAUUGGAAAAAAGAUGAUCAAUUGAGACAAUAGGUUAUGAAAAAAACCUGGUCUUAAUUAUAAUAAUGAGUUUUUCAGAAAUUUAGAAGCUUAAAUAAUCUAAAGGUGGAAACAUAAUAAGGGCAAUUUUCUCCAUUCUCACACCCGGAUUUGGAUAAAUAGAAAAACAUAUCGAUACUUUCACAAAUGGGAGUAUUUUAAUGGCUAAAAGAAACAAGCACAUUCUUCAUCCAUGUAUGUAAAUAAUCUUUUUGUCACUGAGUGAAUGUUCACAAAGUAUAGUUAAUAUGAAAACUGAAAAUUGCUAAAGAUGAAUGACUACAUAAAAGAUUUUUCUGGACUUUAAAUUCACCUUUAGUCUAUUUUGAUACAUUUCUAUUCUACCUCAAACAAAGGCUGAAGUUCUGAAAUGUAACCAGAGUUGUACUGUAUUUUACACAAGAGCUAUUGCUGAGAAGUCUGAAUAUUGUGGUUUUUGUUUUGUUUGAAGAAUGACUAGAUGCACCAGGAUAAAUCUUAUUUAAAGGAAGCAUGUUUAUAAAUCACCACUUUUAACUUAUUGCUUAUAUAAAUCCAAGUUUUGUACCUGAUCUCUACUUAAAACUGGGUUCAUAUCUGUAGUGUCUUAUUUUCUUUGUUGUUACAUUUGACACAUAUACUAAUAUAUUCUGUAUUUUAA